AUAAAAUGCACGUGGAACCAAAUCGAAUCAAAACAAACAACAUGCUGUCACUUUGAGAUAUUAUGACUUGAACAUUUGUACUAUGGAGAGCAGUCAAUUGCUAAGGCAGCUUAAAGAGUUGACUUUGUUAGAUUUAGACAAAGCUGUCCUACAAGAGAGUGAAUACAUAAGAGAUGUGAUACUAAUUAAACAGACCAAAGAAAACAGACCACUUCAGGAACAUUUAAACAUACUGACAUGUUUAGUCAGUUCAAACAAAACUGCAUUAUCGGAAAUAACAUGUACAGUUAUUCUACAACAGAUUUGUAUUCCAUUAUUGAAAAGUAUUCACCUGUCUUAUGAUAGUAGGAAGGAAAAUGUUGCUGAAUUAGGUCAAAUUAAUAAGUUAAUAACAAGUUGUCUCACUACUGAAAAUGAAGUAUCAUUCAAGCCAUUGAUUGAUCUAUGUCUCCAAUCAUUGAAAAACCAUGUCCAUGUGAAAUCUUGUACUUUGGAUAGCCAGGCUCUUGAGGGUGUGUUAGAUUUACAAGUUUGUUUAGAUGUGCUGCUAAAUCUUACUCAGAGAAAAGACCAGGCUACUGGAAACAUUUAUAUGAUGCAAAGUUGUAACAAUACAAUUAAAGAUAUUUUCGAUAAUUUAAUGUGCAUACUGAAUGAUUUUCAGAAUCGAAGAGCUCUUAAUUUGUCAUUGAGAUGUGCUUCUAAUAUAAUUAAGAAUGAGGAUCAAAAAAGUUAUUUGGAUACUUUUUGGCUCCUCAUCACUAGGAUGUGGCAGACGAGCAGAGAGGCAGACAUAUUGAAUAUUUAUUUAUGUGGUCUCUCAAACUUUUUCUUUCCCAUUGAUAACAGUUGCAAUAUUAAUAUCAGGAAUGAACAAGUUUUUUGGGAAAUUGUUCAGAAAGGUUUGAAUUCAGAGAAUCCUUUGUCCAGAAAACAGUCAGUGUAUCUAAUCAAGAGAAAUAUAGAUAUAUGCGAAAAAUUGAAAAUUGAUGUGAACAGUAAUUUUAAUGGACACAAUGUACCAUUAUUCUGGUGGUCUAAAGACAAAGAAAAGAUUCUUGUAAAAGUUUGGGAAGAUCUUGUCAUGUUACUAGAAACCAUGGAAGAUAGGCAGAUACAUGUCAUUAAGCCAUUGCUACCUAGACUACAGACCCUGAUCAAGGCAGCUUCUUCAGACACUGAAAAAACAGUUCUGCAUACAUCUUGGUUGUCUACAAUAUUUAGACGUGGAAUUGCUCAUGAAAGCAUUGCCCUGGUAAAGUGGAUGACAGAACAAGUAUUAUAUCUAGACCUAGAUACUUGUCCUAUAAUAGAACAGGGAGAAGAUAAAUAUUUUGCCAGUGAAUUUUUACAUUCCAUUCAAGACCAAAAGUUAUACCCAAGACCCAAGAAAUCAGCCAGAGGGACAAUACCUACAUGUGGAGCAGGCUUAAUACACCUGUUUCAAAGUUGCUGGAAAGCUUUGAAAACUGAUGAGAAAAGAGGUCAAUUUUAUGGAAGUAUUCUAGAGACACUAAGUACCAGUAACUGGGGACCAGUACCAUUGAUGUUUAUCUGUCAGGCUAUAUCAUGUGUUCCUCGAUCUCAGAUACUCAAUAAACAAGCUUUGCUUUUUAUUAGGAAAAUUCUUACCACUCAGGUUACAAAUAGUGGAGUUUUCCUUAGAGGAGCUGCUCAGAGUUUCUUUGUUAGAACACUGCUAUCAUUAGCAAAUUUAUCAGUUGUACCACCAAAAGACUUUGCAGUCGCAUUAUCUAUCUUUGAGACAGAAGAUGGAUUAGCAAGGGGAACAACUCUUUGGACCGAUUGUGUAAAUUGGUUGAAAGUUAUAUGUAAAGACCAAGAUAAUGAAGAGUGGUCACCAAAAUCCCUCAAUCAGUAUCUGAUCACAGCUGCAAGCUCGUUAUUGCAAGUCAACCAAGAAGCAGAUUUCAGCUUGAAUGAGAUGGAAGUCACUUCAUUCAGCAGAUUGCUAUUACUAGCAGUGGAUAGUGGUGUUCUUCCAUAUACAGUAGAACCAGGAGUACAAGAACCUUGUCUUACUGGGAUAGUUAUGACUGUAUCAGGGGUCAUCCACUCUAUUCCAAACCAUCCUUACAUGUCCCAUCAUAAAGCAGAAAAGGCUAUUGAGGUCCUUGUGUCAUUGCUGCUGGAGAGUGGACAGUUAAAUGAAGAUAGAUUUUGUCAGCUGAUAAGGAAAAGUAUUUCAGAUUGUAUGGAUAGCUUUUUAUUGUUCACUACACAGAUGCUCCUUGAAAAAUGGACACAGAUAUCCUCUGUACAGUCAAUAGAGUUAUUUGUACAUGGACUCACUCAGUUUUUACAACUUACAUGUACAGAACAACAGUUUGAUCAACAGGUUUUGAAACUGGUUAAUAGUUGUAUACAGAUACUUACAGAUCCGAUCCUUGGUGUAAAGGUAGAAAUGUAUGCACAGAUCAAGAAACUUGCCUCAAUAGGGAUCCUUAGUUCUGUAACAUCAUCAUUGACAGGCAGUCCGCGAUUUAUUCAUGAGAAGAUUUUUUCAUUUGUAAAUGACUUAAACUGCACAACUUCAUUUGACAAACCUGUUGCUGAUAUAAGCCAUAAAGAAUGGGGAAAGAUUGCUUCAUUAUUUAUAUCAUACCAAUGGAAAGUUAUGGAAUAUUACUUAAGUCAUAUAGAUGAUGUAAAUAAACCUAUGGUACCGAUAUUAAAGGUGUGCCAAGAUUCACUGUCUGUGUGUAGUGGAUUAAACACAAUACCUGUUUACAGGUGUAUAGGAUGCCUAUUUAGUAAGUGCCAAAUACCUAAUGAUUCAAGCAGUAUUAUUGAAGCCUUGUCUGUAAGUUGGAGUCAUGUCCAAGGAGAAACUAGGUCAAGCUGUUUCUGGGAAGUCUUUGAAGAAUUUAUAAACUUGUCGUUCCAGCCUGCUUUACUUCAGCAGCCAAGAGAUCCUGCAUUAAAUGAUGUUAUUGUAAAGUCAGCAUGUGAAUUAAUGGAAUUUGGAGGAGAAAAGACGGGUAUUGCUAAUAUUCUGAUGAGAAGAUUGUGUACUGUGUUCAAAAGUUCUUUACAAUUAGCAGACGGUUUCUACUGCAUACUUAGCCAAGCUGCUAUUUAUGGAAAUAUAUUCAGGAAACAAGAAAGACAGUUACAUGAUGUAUUUUCCUACAUUGAAUCCCUUGGAAACCAGUGCUCUGUAAAUGAACUGAAACCUCAUACAACAAAAGAUAUAAUGGUUCGUGCAGAGCUUGUAUCAUUGAUCUGCAGUCUUUGUCCUACCAACAAGACACAUCAGGAAUUUGCUGUGAACUUACUGAGGAAUUUGAUCAAACAGUACAGAGAAGUCCAACAAGAAACUAUUACACCAGGAACUAUAACUAAUUCAUUGGAACAUAGAAAGAAACACAGACUGUUACAGAUUGUAUCAUUACUAGAAUCUAUUGUGAUUGAGACAAAUUUUGAAGAUUUAUGGACAUUUUCAUGGGAUUUAUUACACCAAGAGUAUCAGCCAUCCAUUCGUCAUACAUGUGAAUGGAUUUUACUUAGAAUGAUUGUAAAAAAACCUGAAUCUAUAGAUGAACUGUGGAAAAUAUUUGACAAGUUAACCGAAAAGAAGAGUACAGUUUUGUGUUCAGUGAUGUGCAUGGUAUCACAUUUAGGUGUACAUCUUCCUAAAAACAAACAGGAAGAAUUUUAUAUAGCAUCAUUUCAGAAGCUGUUACCAUGGUGCAUGGCAAAUCAUUUUAACACAAGAGUGCAUGCUGCUGCAACAUUGGUGAAACAAUGGAAUCAGUGUGAAAAUUUAAAGUUUACAGAGGUCUUAACCUCUAACUCUAUAGUACAUUCAUGUAUGGCUUUCCAUAAAGAACCCAACAAUUUAACCAGGAAUAUACAGAGAUUAGGAGAGAAUUUUUUCUUCAAAACAUUUGAUCCCAUGGAAGAUUUUAAUCUAGAGACAAUUUUUCAAACUUUACCAUGGUUGUUUGGUAUACCUGAUGAUGAAUGGAUCUCACCACAACAGUUUGAACAGAUUAUGUCCACAGAAGAUUCAUGUUUACCAGUAUACAGUGCUAAAGAUGGUCUGAAAUCUGAGACUCCUGGAAGCUGGAGAUUUAAAAACCCAGAAAAAAGUGGCGGUGGCGAAGAAGAUAGUGACAUAGAAGACAAUGUUGAAGGCGAUGUCCAGAAGAAGAUAAUGCCAUGGAAACUAAUGUUACCAGAUGAUGAAGUUCAAGAUGAGCUUGAAUAUAGCAACAGAAAGAGAGAUGAUGAUGGUCUUAUUGUUGUUACUUCUUUGAUUGAUAAAAUACCAAAUUUAGGAGGUUUAUGUAGAACCAGUGAAAUAUUUGGUGUGUCUCAGUAUGUUAUUGGCAAGAUGAAAUAUACAGACGACAAAACUUUCAAAGAGUUGAGUGUAACAGCACAUAAAUGGUUACCUAUCACAGAGGUUUGGCAUGAAUUACUUCCCCAAUACCUUACUGAGAAGAGACAAGAGGGAUAUACAUUGAUAGGAGUUGAACAGACUGCAAAUAGUGUGUCACUUACAGACUUCACAUUCCCCAAGAAAUCACUACUGGUACUAGGGAAUGAGAAGGAAGGAAUACCUGUCCAACUUAUAAAUCAAUUAGAUGUUUGUGUAGAAAUACCUCAACAAGGAAUUAUAAGAUCAUUGAAUGUUCAUGUUAGUGGAGCACUGCUUGUGUGGGAAUACCGAAGGCAACAACUAAUUAACGAAAAUUAAACGUGAUGGAGCACAAUUUUUUAUCUGCAUGUUUGUUGAGCUGAGAUCUUGUAAAAGUCAAGUCUUUCAGAAUACAACAAAAUAUAUCAGGUUAUUUUCAAAAAGUGGACAAAAUAAAACAUUGCAAAUUGUGAACUCUUUAGACCAUGAAAUAUAUUAAAGAAGACUAGUCAAUGAGA